UUAACAGUUUGUUUCCCCCCCCCCCUCUGUGUUGUGGUUCGUUUUCAGAUUCAGUCAGAAACAGAGAUGACGGCGAUUAAAGAUCGGAUGAUGUUUGUGUUCCUGGUUUCAGUUUGUUGUGCGGAGUCUCCUGGAAGGCCGUUGAGCACGGAAAAUAUCCUGAUAAACGUGACGGCAGACACAGAACUGCAGGAGUCAAAGAACUUACAGAUCAGCUUCAACGUUUCAGUGGGAGAAGAACAGAUUCUGGUCAACGACUUCCCGGUGGAGCUGUCAGGAGUCACCAGGUUUCCCUGUCCAGCACUUAUUUUGAAUAACAUCAAUGGAAGCAGGGAGUUUGAGUCUGGGGACUUGGUUUCCACGGUAACCAGAGUGAUGGUGAGCCAAAAUCGGCUCUACAGCGACUUGGAGGAGGUGUUGGCUCUGCAGCUCUUCAGUGAAGUGAUAGAACUGGAGGGAAAACAGGUCCAGCAGCCGGACAUGUGUGAGGUGAAAAUCCUGAUGAGUCCAGACUUCCAGAAGCUGGGUCAGUUCACCAACGUCUACCCCAUCGGACACAGCGACAUCUUCAGGUUUCCUCGAGAGAACGACGUGGUCGUCACCGACCCGCCGAGUUCUAGGAGGGAUGAAGAGCAGCUCAUGACCCACACCACCAGCCAGUACCCCCACACAGAGAAGCAGGCCGACACCACCCAGGAGGAAGUGGCAGCUCCAGGAAAGCUCCCAGAGACCCCCCUGCGGAUGGACCCCCUCCUGCUGUACAAUGACGGAUACGACGGGGACGACAGGGACUCCAGCCGCUCUGAUCAGAACCAGAGUGAGGUGUCAUCGUCUUACUCUGCCAUGUGUCGCUGGGUGGAGGAAAUGAGGGAGCGUCUUCGUGUCUUCUGCUUCAAGUCGCUGCCGGUCUUCUUCCUGGUGAUGGGCGUGGUUGUGAUCGGCGUUGUAGGAUCAGGAUUCAUCGUCAAGAUCUUAGAUUUGUUCUUCCCGGCGUGCGACCACAAGCAAAUUUUCCACCUGAACCCCGUCACUCUGAUGCCAGAGGAGGAGAAGCAGAACCUUCUGGAAAUCCUAGAAGCAGAGAAUGAAGAGAAGGAGCCUUGAGCCUCACAGGAGCCAGCUCCCUCACUCUGACCUGACUCGCUUCAACACUUCUGUAGCUCCGCCUCUGCUCCAUGAUCCCACCGGAUCGGUUCUGAUGACAGCUGAUCAGACUCUGUCAGAUGUCGUUUGACUCGAUCGCCCUCGAACAGGAGCAGUUGUCACGGAAACCCCCAAAUUCAGCCUCACGAUUGAGCCCCCCAAACGAGGACGAAGACUAACUGCAUUCUCCUCACAUGCACUAAGUCAUUUUUCUUUCCAAAUGACUAUAAAGUCAAAGUAGGCGAUCUCCUGCAUCCUUUAUAACACUAGUUGUGAAUGUUGCUUCCUUCAGAUUUGCAUAAAGACUGAAAACCAAACCAGUUUGCAUGUUUGCUCUGGUCUGUGAACCGAACAAAAACUGCAAGACUUCAGGACCAUGAGUGGUUGUAUGGACUCUUUUUUUUGUUUUUGCUUUUUCCAAACAAGUUUUCCUAGAGCAGCAGAAAUCUGCGAGUUAAAACAAAACAAAAGCAUGUUUCCUGAAAGGUGCAAGUACGUUUCCAAACUGAUGCACAAAGUGAAAUAGUAGCUGUUCUUCCUGAUGCAGAUUGUCUGUCUGGGUGUUCAGUGCAGAGCUGCUACUGUUUGUUUAUCCUCUGCAUGGCUCACCUUUCUUUUCCUGGACAUCACUUCAAACUGCUGAAAGGUUGAGGUUCUUGUCUGAUGAGUCGGGCAGCCAGCUCUGAUUCGGAUGCAGGGGGCGCUGCAGAGUCAAAGACCUUCAGGUCAAGUUCAAUUCAGGAGGACUUCAGCGUGCGUGAAGGUGGAACCAGGAGGUUCCUGAUCUGAGCCAGGAAAUGGUUUUUCAUGGCAAAUGGUGUGAAAGUACGAUGUUUGAGCGGGACAGUGUGUUAAACAUGCUCUGUUUAAUGGUUUGUGCGUUUUAGCUUUAUGAAGUUCAGAUGAACAGUGGUUCAGUUUAACUUUGCUCUAAAUAAAAUUUCUCUUCACAAC